AUGGCCGAGAUACCCGCCUCUCUCAAGCAGUCUGCUGAGAACUCCAAAUGCGAGUAUCGCCGGCUGGGGAGCAGUGGCCUCCGCGUCUCCGUCCCCAUUUUCGGGUGUAUGAGCUUUGGUGACCCAAGAACGCUUCCCUGGGCGAUUGGAGAGGACGAGGCUCUUCCUAUUCUUAAGGCGGCCUACGACUCGGGCCUCAAUACUUGGGAUACAGCCAAUGUCUACUCCAAUGGCGCGUCCGAAGUUAUUAUUGGCAAGGCCCUUAAGAAGUACAACAUUCUUCGCGAAAAGGUCAUUAUUAUGACCAAAUGUUACGCCGCCGUCGGGGACGAGCCCGAGAUUCGCUCCUUCUUUUACAAGUCAGUGGUGGACCAGUCCAAGGACUACGUUAACCGCCAUGGUCUCUCGCGAGGCGCCAUCUUCAACCAGGUCGAGGCGUCCCUCAAGCGGCUCGACACACCCUACAUCGACCUGCUACAAAUCCACCGUUUCGACCCCGACACGCCCAUUGAGGAGACAAUGAAGGCCUUACAUGAUCUUGUCCAGUCCGGCAAGGUCCGCUAUAUCGGCGCGUCUAGUAUGUGGGCCACUCAGUUCGCUCGUCUUCAGUUUUGCGCCGAGCGUAACGGCUGGACCAAGUUUAUUAGCAUGCAAAACCAUUACAACCUCCUGUACCGCGAGGAGGAGCGCGAGAUGAACCGUUUCUGUAAUGAUACGGGCGUUGGGCUUGUCCCCUGGGCCCCCCUUUGCCGGGGUCACUUGGCUCGCCGGCCAGAAGCGUAUGGUACUACUGAGCGCAGCAAGGGCGAGAAGGAGAGCUCGCCUGGCUCUCACGGGACCGUUGAGCCCGACCUGACCAUAAUCAAUCGCGUAGUCGAGCUUGCCGACAAGCAUGAAUGGCCGAUAUCCCAUGUCGCUCUUGCGUGGAUCAACAAGCGCAUUGCCAGCCCCAUUAUUGGCUUCAGCAGCAUCAAGCGGCUGGAAGAAGCCAUCUCCGCUAGAGGCAAGACUCUGACCGAGGAAGAGGAAAAGUAUCUCGAGGAGCUCUACCAGCCCAAGGCCAUAUCCGGCCACUCGUAG